UUAUCACUUUUCAAAGUGAGUUGAUGGAUGACCUAGAGCGAUGUGGCCUACAUGUUCAGGACUCCAGCUUAUCAUCUGAGACAGACUCUGAACCGAGGCAGCGUGAACCAUCCCAGCAUGACAGGACUAAGCUGGUGGAGCAGCGAAAUGAAGUCUUUGCUCGCUAUGAAGUCCUGGAGGAACAUAACAAGAGGUUGGAAGAACAGCUAAGAAACUUCAGAGCCAUGAUUAGGAAGGAGACGAGCCAAGGAAGGACUGAUCCCUCAUUUGGAUCUGCUAAUCCAUCUCUCAAGCACAGCCCUUCAUUCCCACCAGGCAACACAACAUUCCACCAAGGAGGGUCUAUGAACCAGGUGUCUAACCGUAGUUCAGGAUACCAGGCCAGUAGUGGCUACGACAGGACAGGUGAACGACUGCCCCCCUACGGACAAUCACACCCUGCCCUGGACACCAUAGCUGACCACUCCUCUGGGUCGUCCGGUGCCUCGGCUGCGAGACCACGUUUUAUCAUGAUGGGGAAGGACUACCCGGAUGGGCGUGGUGACCCAGGGCGUGGUCAUCCACCCCUCUAUACCAAUCCGGUGUCUUCAUUGGGGAUAGGCGGUAUGGGUCAACCGGUGCAUGUAAAUGAUUUCGGUCAGGGCAAUCGGAGUGGAGGACUCGGUCAGCAUCGAUCAAUGGCUGGUCCUUUAUCGAACGUUCAGACUGGUAGCAUUCAAAAUCUGCCACCGGCUCCAUCUUACCACCACAAUAUGGAUCCUUCUGUCUUAGCUUCACCAGUGUAUGCUCAUGGUCCACAAACUUCUGCAUCAACUGCGUAUCAGGAUAUUGGAGAUGGCGCACAAAAUUAUUAUGGUCCCCAGACUAACGCAUUACCUGUGCAUCACGUUAGUGUAGUUGGUGCGCAUCGUUUGUUACAUCCAUCUAUGAGUACUAUCAACCAGCACAAUGAGAGUAGCCAGUCACUCCUGCUAGGAAAUCAGACCGGUCAGUUGCAUUCUGCGGACAUUCCAUUCAACAGCCAACCUCCCUCUCACCUUGACCAGUCCCAUCAUGUAGGGUUCCAAAUUGACCAAUCACAUCCAUCUGGGCUUCAAACAGACCAAUCACAUGCAUCUAGAUUUCAAACUGACCAAUCUCAUGCAUCUGGGCUUCAAACAGACCAAUCACAUGCAUCUAGAUUUCAAAUGGACAAGUCACGUGCCUUGGAGAGUGUGCUGGAUCUUGACCGUUUCCUGCCUCACAUCAACGAUCAAUCCACAGUUAACUUCCCUACUACAGGUGUAUCCAUGGCUUACCCAUCAGAGGAGGCUGAACUGGAUGAGCUGAUUCAGAGAAUGACCGAUGCCUUCCCGCUUCAUGAGAGCCCCUCUCCUCCUCCUCUUCCAGAUGAAGCCGAUGUGCCUGUAGUAACAAUGGAAGAACUCCUUCAAGCAAGACCAAGGAGAUCAAGAGGAAGCAGACGAGGGAGUGGAGACAUUUUUUCAGCUGCUAAUCGUAUUGGAGAAGCAAUGUCAACUCUGGUUACUAGAGUUAGUGUUGGAGGAGCACAAGGUCAUCAUGCCCACUAGUGGAUGCUAAUAAAGAUCCCAGUCUCCUCGUCACAUUCCAACCUACAGACUCAGAAGACCACAUUGAUUUAAAGGGAUCCGGUAACUUUGUCUUAGAUCCUUUAAAAAAAUCCUUGAUUAAUCUCAUGCUGCAUAGAUAA